AUGCAUUGGUGGCUACUCGUAUUUUUCUCAUUAUCCUGCGAAGGAUUUCAGGGGCGUGAGUUACUCGCCCUGGAGUUGGACUAUGGGUUGGCGGAACCACAGCGCACUUCGCUACUGCAGAGCAGUCUGAUAUUGCAGUUCGCCCAGGACCAUAAGUACAUCCCCAGGAUAACCUACUUCACGUGCCAGAAGCCCCAUUUCCAGAACCCAACCUCAAUACCCAGUGCAGCAGAACUUCAGGACGCCUUCGCGGCGAAGAAUUUUCAGCUGAUUAAGAGUCUCUACGAGAGCGAGCUCUUUGUGCGGACUGUCCUUCUGGAUGUCCUGGCCCAGGCGGCUCCUGCGAGUGGUCGACCCAACCGACCGGGCAGCGGUCCCACCGGCGGAUUCAGCCAGUCGCCCAGCCAGUCGCAGAGCAAUUCCGAGUGGCUGGAGGGCGUCCUGCGGAUGGAAGCCCUCAGGCAAAUUGCGGUCGUGGAUCUGGCGUGCGGCGUCCUCAGUCGAAGAUUUCUCGAGUUGGCUUCCGCCAAGAUGCUCUACAGCGAGAAGUUCCACUGGCUAUUGAUAGAGGAUUUCGCCUGGCAAGGAAAGACGCAGACACCCGAUGGAUCGGUGAAACGAGAGGAGGAGGAGGGGGAGAAGGACUCACCGGGGCAGCAAAUUCAGACGACUGAUGAUGAAGACCUGCCCUCCAUCGAGAGCUUCUUGGGGGGCAUGAACCUCUACAUGAACACCGAACUCACGCUGGCCAAGCGAAUGUCCGAGGCAGCCCACUACACCCUGUUCGAUGUCUGGAACCCCGGACUCAACUAUGGUGGACACGUCAAUCUGACCGAAAUUGGCAGCUUCACGCCGUCGGGGGGAAUCCAGUUGCACUCAUGGUUUCGGACCACGUCCACAGUUCGUCGCAGGAUGGACAUGCAGCACGCCAGGUUGCGAUGCAUGGUUGUGGUGACCAACAAGAACAUGACGGGCACCUUGAUGUACUACCUAACGCACACGGUUUCGGGUCACAUCGACACGAUGAACCGCUUCAACUUCAAUCUGCUGAUGGCAGUCCGCGACAUGUUCAACUGGACGUUCGUCCUUUCCAGGACCACCUCGUGGGGAUAUGUGAAGAAUGGGCGGUUCGACGGAAUGAUUGGAGCCCUCAUUCGCAACGAGACGGAUAUUGGCGGUGCCCCGAUAUUCUACUGGCUGGAACGGCACAAGUGGAUCGAUGUGGCCGGUCGAAGUUGGUCGAGUCGUCCCUGUUUCAUCUUUCGCCAUCCGAGGAGCACUCAAAAGGAUCGUAUCGUAUUCCUGCAACCCUUUACCAACGAUGUUUGGGUCCUAAUUGUGGGUUGUGGUGUUUUGACUGUAUUUAUACUCUGGUUUCUGACCACCAUCGAAUGGAAACUGGUGCCACACGAUGGUUCAGCUCUGAUCAAACCAAAGGGAGGUGUUCCUCCAAGACAUCAAUACCAGCCGGAGGAGCAAGUGGAGACCGCUGUGCGUCCUAUCACGGCAGUUUCAGUGGUGGUUGGUGAAGAAAAAGUUGAGGAGAAAGUGGAGGAAAAUGAAGAUAACACUGCCAUUGAUGCAGGAACACUUUGGCAACGCUGUUACCAGAAGCUAAAUAAAUACAUGAAAGAUCGGAAGGCCAAGCAGAAGAAAGCUCCAGAGCGAGUCGGUCUCUUUCUGGAAUCCGUACUCUUCUUCGUGGGAAUUAUUUGUCAACAGGGUCUGGGAUUUUCCACCAGUUUUGUUUCAGGUCGCUGUAUUGUAAUAACCAGUCUGCUCUUCUCAUUUUGCAUCUAUCAAUUCUAUUCGGCCAGUAUUGUUGGCACUCUUUUGAUGGAGAAACCAAAAACUAUAAAGACUUUGAGUGACUUGGUGCACAGUACGCUAAAGGUGGGCAUGGAGGAUAUUCUCUACAACAGGGAUUACUUUUUGCACACCAAAGAUCCUGUAUCCAUGGAGUUGUAUGCCAAGAAGAUUACAAGUGUGCCCACCACCAAAGAAAACGAAGCUGAUGAAGAUGAGCCAGUGGAUCCAAAUCCUGCAUCUACAGAUCCUGCUAAGUCCUAUCGCGAUAUAGUUCACAGUCAUGAAACGGGUGCUCAUGCCAAGGAUAAUUCAGCCAGCAAUUGGUUAGAUCCAGAAACGGGUUUACUGAGGGUUAAGCAUGAACGAUUUGCCUUUCAUGUGGAUGUGGCUGCUGCUUACAAGAUCAUUGCUGAAACCUUUAGCGAACAGGACAUUUGCGAUCUCACUGAAGUUAGUAUGUUUCCGCCCCAGAAAACUGUGAGCAUUAUGCAGAAAAAUUCGCCAAUGAGAAAGGUGAUCUCUUAUGGAUUAAGACGUGUCACAGAAACAGGAAUCCUGUCAUAUCACUUUAAUGUCUGGCACUCGAGAAAGCCGCCUUGUGUGAAGAAAAUCGAGACCUCAGACCUGCAUGUUGACAUGGAUACCGUGAGUUCGGCCCUGUUGAUACUCCUUUUCAGCUAUGCCAUCACCCUAAUGAUUCUGGGCACCGAGAUUCUCUACUCAAAAUGGCAGUAUCGCCUCAUAAUCAGACUCAAUUGA